AUGAAGCAAAGCAAUACGUCAACUGGGUAUACAUUCAUUAACACCAGCCAUCCGGAUAAAAGAACUCGAAUGUUGAAACCAAUAGCAGUAAGAGAAGAAAUGGAUCCACAAUCUGAUGAUAUUUUCUACGAUGGCCUCAUUGAAUACUAUUCGUCUAGACCUUAUAGUCUUGAAGAUAUAACUUUGGCUGAAUUUGGAGCCAAUUAUGAAAUUCGUGGUAAAAAAAAACCUGCCAAGAACAAUUCAGAGUCGGACACUGAUAUUGAAGAAGAAACCGCUUAUUCGAUUGACUCUACGCUAAUCGGAAAACCAAACAAAUGUAUACAUAAACGUAAAAUCAGAAAAAUCAUACGGUAUGUAAGGUUUAAUGUGGAUAAAAAUGAACAAGACUUUUACAGAGAAAAUGUUAUGUUAUUUUUACCAUGGCGCGAUGAAACAGCUGAUUUGCUAAAUAUUAACUGUAAACAAGUAUAUGAAACAAACAUUGAUCGGAUAAAAGACUUGUACCAACAGUUUAAUAAAGUCGAAGAAAAUCAACUAGACAAUGAUGAAAAUCAAAUAGAAGCGGAGCAAGGCAAUAACAAUAAUCUGGUUCAAGACGAUGAAGAUUGGGUGCCAGACGAUGAACUACUAAAUGAUGUUGGAGAUUAUGUAGAAACUACAAACACUCCAGAUGUUGAUAAACCUAAAGAUGGCGGAAAAAUAAGAGUGCACCUCAUUGACAAUGAACAGUACAAUGACCUGAUCAGAUGUUUAAACGACGGUCAACGCCAACUCUUAUAUCAUACCACUCAUAUCAUAAGAAGGCAAAUAUGGGGCAGAGACGAUCCUGCGAUAAAGGCGUUUGUCACUGGUCCAGCAGGAGCUGGUAAGUCAAUGCUUAUACGAGCAUUAGCACAGUCUGUAAUUCGCAUAGCAAAUCUUAGACCAGAUAUAGACGAUCUAUCACUUCCGCCAGUAUUACUCACAGCACCGACAGGCAAAGCAGCUUAUGGAAUAAGAGGUCUGACACUUCAUUCUGCGUUCAAACUCCCAUUGAAUCAAUUUGCCGGAUUGCUACCAAAAUUGAGUUCAGAUAUUUCAAAUACACUACGUUGCCAAUUUGCCAACGUUAAGCUUUUGAUAAUUGAUGAAAUUUCCAUGGUCGGCAUAAAAACUCUGGGAUAUAUUGAUCAGCGAUUGAGGUCUAUUCUAAGAAUAAAUAAACCGUUUGGUGACAUAAACAUAAUAGUGUUUGGUGAUUUCUUUCAAUUACCACCGGUAUUGUCAACACCUUUGUACGACAGCUUUGAAGAAAUACUGUCUAAAUAUCCAAGUGCAGUAGAAAUCUUAUCAAUUAAAUCUAUUUGGGAAACAUUCAAGUUUUACGAAUUGACUGAAAUAAUGCGCCAAAAAGAUGACAAACAAUUUGCAAUAAUGUUAACAAAGUUGGCCAGAGGACAGUUGGAGGAAGCUGAUGUGAAAUAUUUCCAAAAUCUCGUAACCCAGUUAGACGUUACUUUUCAACCACAAGUAAUGCACCUCUGGGCUACAAACAACGAAGUCGACGAAAUGAACAGAAGAGUGCUUAGCUCUAUGAAUCAAGUCGGUUUCAUUUCUGAAGCAAUUGAUACGUCCGCAAAACGACAGGAUAUUGAAUCUGCCAAGAAACUGCCACGACAAAAGACUAUGGGAUUACCUUUAAGAUUAGUUUUAAAAGAAACAGCCAAGUAUAUGGUGAUAGCAAACAUUUCAACCGAAGACGGCAUAGUCAAUGGUGCCAUUGGAGAUCUAAUGCAAAUAAACAAAGGGCAAACUGUAGGAGGUAAAGAAGUUGCUAAAAGAGUUUGGAUCAAGUUCGAUGACUAG